AUGGUGUGGGCACCAGGGAUACAAUUAGAAAAACUCCCUCCAGAAAACUCAACACAAACUGCAUUUAAUCAACAAAAAGAAAAGAUUCAACUCAGAGUAAGUGACACCGCAAGGGAGUCCCUGAAAGAGAAACUGCUUCAGCUACAAUGUCACUUCACGUGGACCCUGCAAGUAGAGGAUGUGGAGUGGGAUGAUUUGCAGGAACGAUUAAAUUACACAAUUGAGGCUGACAUUGUGCAAUAUAAAGUCAUGCCUUACAAUCUACUUACUUUUGUCAACUGCGUACGAGGUAAACAUGAGGAGGCAUUCGAUAAUUUGUGGGAAGCUGAGGAGAUUCUGAGGAAGGAUCACAAGUCGAAUGUUGAAAAGUGGAGCAUCGUCACUUACGGAAACGCAGCCUGGGUCUAUUACCACGUGGGAGAAGUGGCAGAGGCUCAGGCCUACCUCAACAAGCUGGAGAGGAUCUGCCAACAGUUCCCUGAUGCCUCUCGCUUUACAGCAAUGACCCCUGAAGUAUACGGGGAGAAGGGUUGGUCCCUGUUGAGAUUUGGCUGGAAAUAUUAUGAAGAGGCAAAUGAGUGUAUUGAGAAGGCUCUGGAAGCAGAUCCUGAUAACAUUGAGUGGAAUACAGCUCACGCAACCUCUCUGUUCCGACUUAAAGGAAAUAUUGGAGUCUCUCAGUGUCCUGAGCACUGCAAAGUAGUGAAACAAUUACAACGGGCAUUGGAACUGAACCCAAAGGAUUCUUUUCUCAAGGUCACGCUGGCUCUAAGACUACAAUAUUUCAAACAGGAAGAGGAAUCUCACAGAUUGUUAGAAGAUGUGCUCCUGAAUUCUCCUGGUGAUCCCUAUUUAAUUCAAUAUGCGGCCAAAGCUUUAAGAAAGGAAGGAUCUGUUGAACAAUCCCUAGAGAUGUUGAAAAAGGUACUGAUGGAAAAACCAAACUCUGGACUCCUUCACCACCAGAUCGGUUUAUGCUACAAAAAGAAACUGUUUACACUGAAGAAAACAUCUUAUAAAUAUAACACUUAUGAGGAAAGGAAAAAACUGAUUGAACUUUGCAAAUACCAUUUUCAAACAGCUUAUGAUCAUAAACCAUCACUUAUUUUUGCAAUGCUUGAUCUGGCAGAAAUUUUACAGGAAUGUAAAGAAUAUUCCAAGAUCGAUGACAUGUAUGAGGACCUGAUCAGAAACAACAGCUGCAACCAUUUGAAUAGACAGUUAUUACUUUGGAAUUAUGGAUUGUACCAACUGUAUGUGAAGAGAUCCCAGCCCAAUGCUAUUGUUUAUUUUAAAGACUGCUUAAAAAUCAGAGUGAAAAGAAGCCAGUUUGUGAAAUGCCAAGCAAAACUGAAAGAAAUUGCUGAAGAUCGAUUGAACGAGUAUUCAAGAGACAGUGUUGCCUUUGGCAUAUUGGGAUUUUUGCACCAAUUGGAUGGCAAGAAAUCCGAAGCAAUUGGAUACUUUCAGAGAGCCCUGGAAUGUGAUCGCAACAAUGAGGAAUUUCAGAAUGCUCUCCAAGAUCUAAAGGAGGCUGCAUAA